AAGUAGACUAAAAAUUGUAACGUUACACUAUAAGCAUACUGCGGGCGACUGUUUCCAUGGAAACGAUCAACACUACCUAUACUGUCUUGGAGACGGGGGAGUCGCAUUGAUAAACAAAAAAAAUAGUUUAUCUAGAGAACAUUUCCUUUCUUGCUAAAACAAUUCUGCAGAUGACUGACCAAAAUGGACGAGGACGACGGGUCGGAUGUGGAAAACGGGGAGGAAACUCAGGAAGACGAGGACGACGAAGCAACAGAGGUUCGCCCCUUGGAUCAAGAUAUUAUCAUCCCCGGUCUCUCUUUGCUGUGCCGAACAGGGAAUGGAUUGAGACAUGCAUUCAUUAAAGUGGUUCUUAAGGACAAAAGACUAAGUGACAUCGCUGCUAUCAGCAAUUAUGUUCAUCUACGUUUCCUGGAUGUGUCCAACAACCGCAUUUCUGACCUUUCACCUCUGUUAUCUCUCACCCAGCUUCUUUGGCUCAAGGUCGACAAGAAUAUUGUAACAUGCUUCCAAGGACAAGCCUUUGCACAGCUGGUCUACCUGCAGUGGCUGAGUAUGGCUGCAAACCGUCUCACCGAUAUGGAUGGUCUUGUUGGACCAGCUUUGGAGAGUCUUAUCCUUUCAGACAACCGUAUACAGACGUUACAUGGUCUUGAAAGUAACCAUUUUUCUAAACUGGUCACUUUGGAGCUGAGGGGAAACCGUUUAAGUACAACUGAGGGCAUCAACCUUCCCAACCUGCAGCGAUUAUAUCUGGCCCAAAAUUCUAUUAAACAUCUUGAGGGCUUGGAUAAGUUAGAGAGCCUCACCACCCUUCACCUCCGUAAAAACAAACUAACCAACGUAGAAGGGCUCAGCUCCAACAUGAAAUGUCUCCAGUACAUCAACAUCAGAAGCAAUGAUAUCUUAGAUGAGACCUGCCUGAGUUCCCUUGGCCAUGUGUCAAAAACCCUGCGGGUUGUGGUCCUCUCUGAAAAUCCACUGGACGGCAACACAGACUACCGGCCGUACAUCCUGACUCUCAUCCCAAAACUGGAGCGUCUUGACAAAGAGCCUAUCUCCCUUGAGGAGCGGGCUGAAGUCUGGAAGACAGUCAAUGAACUCAAAGAAGAAGACUAAGUCAAACUUUUGCAGUCAAUGAACUUCCUGGAAAAGAUAGGCUUAGGAUGGCCAAUCCAAUCCAAUCUACUUCAUUUAUAUAGCACAUUUAAACAAGAAAAUUUUUUCCAAAGUGCUGCACAAAAAUAUUAAAAACAAGAUUCAAAUAUUAUCCUUAGCUCCACCAAUGACUGAAUAAAAACAAAAUAAAUAAAUAUAAAACCAAUAUAAAAAUAAAUAUGAUUUAACACGAUUUUAAAGGGUAAAACCAAUUAAAACAAUAAAUAGAAAUUACAAUUUUAAAACACAGAGGACCACACAAGUCACAUAGUGUUAAAAGCCAGAGAAUUAAAAGUGGGUCUUAAGACGAGACUUAAAACUUGCAUGUAUCAUAUGUUAUUGUUGUGUUUCGCUGUCUAUUAAGUUUGAAAUGCUUCAAUUCAUGUAGUCAUGACAUAAAUCGAGUCACAUGACUUGGACUCGCGUUAGACUCGAGUCAUGAAUUUGAUGACUUUAGACUCGACUUGACAGAAUGUAAAGAGACUUGCAACUCGACUUAGACUUUAACAUCAAUGACUUGUGACUUCACUUGGACUUGAGCCUUUUGACUUGACAUGACUUGCUACUUUCCCCAAAACCCAAAGAUUAAAAAGUUAUUCAGGA